AUGUCCGAAGGUGUUGGUGUAGGCGUAACAAGGGACCGACUGCUGCAUGCACAUAAUGAUAUGCCACGCCAUGCCAAUGCCAUUGACUCGCCCGGCUGCUCGCUCGCAAAGGUGGUAUAUAUUAUUCAGUCUACGUAUUCCAUACGGCUAUUGAAACUUCAUUUUCGGCGAGCACCCCGGCAAUGGCGCAAAGCUAUGAAUGGAGACGCCACCAAAGCACUCUUCACGGCGACGCGCAUACCAGUCAAGCGUCAGUCGCCGCCAGGGAUACUCCACACACAUCCAAACUGCACGUGCUGGGGCCUUCUGCAUCCCUGCAUGAUUGGACUACUAGCCACUGUGCCUCGAGACUACGCAAUAAUCAGCAGCGUAAUGGCGAAGACGCCUGCUGACCUCCCCGUUGCAAACUCAGAAUCUCGAAAUAUCCCCUCCGAAACACGAAACACCUCGAAAAGUUGUAGCACGUGCUAUGGUGCCAAAUUGACCAAGGUACGAGCAUGGAUCUUACCAGUUCACGAGCUAGUACCUCGGUAUCAGCAGUCGAUACCGUACCUCCAAGACAUCGGCAACCACGCAGCGCAGCCAGACACCUUUGCACUGUUGCUUGCCACGAUUUCGUAUGUGGACCGAGAGUGGAUGGCAGGAUGCAUUUCUCACGAAGGAGAAUCCUUGACUUCUGAUAUCGCCCUUGUUGAGCUUCUGCCCUCAAUCACCGCACAGUCGCCCAACGCCUACACGUCUCUCAAGACUAGUGAUUUAGGUCCCCACUCACGCACUGUGGCUAGCCUGCUAGUGAACACAACCGUCACUGACAUUAAGGUAUCCCCUACUGAUCACUAA